AUGGCCCCGCGGGAAGCGGAUCGGAUCCGGCCCCUGGCGCUCGCCCUGGCUGCAGUGGCCGCGGUGUCCUGGGCGCGGGCGCCGGCGGGCGCACUCGGGCCCGGGCAGGGCUGCUCCGCGCUGGGCCGCUGCUGCUCGGGCCGUGACCUGACCUGUGCUGCCCGCGGGCCCCCGCGCUGCUUCUGCGACCAGGCGUGCGGCGCGGUGCGGGACUGCUGCGCCGACUACACGCGGGCCUGUCCAGCGGUCUCCUGCGUAGUGGCAGAGUGGAGUGGCUGGAGUCGCUGUGCCAAACCCUGUCAGGUCUCCUAUCGUGUCCGCAGGAGGCAUGUCCUGCAGGAGCCAAGGAAUGGGGGUGCUCCCUGCCCCCGUCUGGAAGAGCGGGCUGGCUGCGUGGAGUACCGGAGCCACCAGGGAGUGGAGUGCCAGCAGUCCUUGUUCCCUGCUCUGAUAACCACAGGCAGCUAUGGGAAAGAGCGGAACAAGCGAGGUGUCCCCAAGGAGCAGGAGACAGCAGGGUACUGUGUCCAGUUCCAGCUGGGGCCCAUUCCAGGGAGCUGUCGGCAGGUGAGGGCACUCCACGCCCAGUGGACAAAGUAUCUGACCCAGGGCCACAUGGUCUGUGUGAGGUGUGAGUGGCCUGCCCAGGAUGCCAGGAGCCGACGUUGCUACGGGGAUGGCGGCGGGGCCAGAGGGAACCAGCUGUUGCAGUGGAAAGCGGCGGGCCACCCCCGAUGUCGAGGGACCUGGGAGAGGCUUGGGCAGCUCCCCGACUGUUCCUGUCCUGAGGUCCAUAGCUUUGUCUUCAUCUAGUGCUGCGGCCCCCAACUGUCCAGACCCCUUCUCUCCAAAGCCUCCCAGGCUGAUAAGAAACCUCCCACCCCAAGGCUUGGGAUCCCACAGCAUCAGGGAGUGGGGAGAAGUCUGCAAAUCUGAGACUGAAGGAACAAGUCUUAUCCUUAUGUUGACACUGAAAAUAGCUUUAUGUUUCUACUUGGUUCCCGCUGAGUCAUAGCCUUACUGACAUCUCCCCGUGGUUCCAGGCUUCCCAAAUGUCCUCUCCUAUGUACGCUCUUGUGGCUUUUGCCCUGUCCUCCUUACUGUACAUUUACUUUUUACUGACUCU